GCUGGGGCAGAGCCCAGCUUACACCUGGAGAGUACGAAGAAGCUGUGGCCAGCCUGUGGAAGGACGCAGAUCCACAGGCCCAACAAGUCCUUCGUGCCUGUGGCAUUGAGCCGCCGGAUGAAGAAGAGCCUGAUCCGAGAACUGUGCUGCAUCGUUAUCUAGCUCGGUAUAAGUCGAUCACCCAACAGCACCGCAGUUUGGUUGCCAAGAAAGCCCAGCUACAGCUCCGAGCAGACAAGAUCAAAGCACAGUUCGAGAAGGCUGUUCAAGACUUGGCUGACGUCUCAAAGGAAAUUGAGCAAGCUGAAAGUCACCUGGUGAAGGUCCAAACCCAGGUUCAGACCCAACUCAAAGAGGCAGAGCCGCCUAAGGUGCAGGACUUGCAAGGGCUCUUGAAGAAUGCUGGCGUUACGCUUACUGAUGACCAGCAUGUGGCGUUGUCGGCCUACAUCCAGACAAUGACACAGCCCAAGAUCGAUGAGGAAAUGCUGGACCUUGGAGAAGGAUGGUUGAGGGAGUCCUUUCCGCCUGACAUGUUUAACAUGAACAGGGCUGAGAGUGGACAAGACACCAAUCCCAGCUUCGGACCCAGCAGAACGUCGAGGGCUGGCCAGCGUAGACUCCUGGUGCACAUCCAGGGCCCAGAUUACAGCAGAGCAGAACAGAGGAGUUUUGGAAACCAGAAGUGCCGUAGGCUCCCGGCUUUUGAGCAGGAGCAAACAGUUUUGAAGUAUGAGCAGCCCACUCCUGGGGAAGGUCAAACGUAUCAGGUUUGUGACUUGUGUAAAGUUGAGCCUGGUAACAAGGUGACAAUCUCGCAAGAGUGGCAAACUGCCCUUUGGGUGGCAGAAAAGCAGGUGGUUACCAGGAUCCAACCCCUGGUGCAGUCACCAAUUUUGACCAGGUAUGCUGGUGCAGCAUACAGCCUAAGGCAGAAACCGUGGGGCUGGUGCUGCAAGGCAUGUGAAAACUGGGUUUUUAAUCAGGAGCAGUGCAGUGAGCUACAAAGUGGGUUUUCAGGUGUUGCCCAGGUCUGGCCGCAGCUAAGUGAGGCUGCGCUCACAGGCCCUCGCUACUUCCCUGUCGAUUUUGAGCCCUGGGAGGAAGGGGAGCCUAGGGUGACCCAGGAAGGAGACCGGGCCAAAGCUGAGGAGAUGGUGUGCAAGGCUUCGGCAUCUAUUACUGGUGUUAUGACCAGUGCCAGGGAGUUCAAUGCACCCACGCAGACCAGGAAUACCUGGUGCCAGGGACAGGGCACAACUUGGCAGGCCCCUGUUCAAACCUGCUGGGCAGUUUCCAGCAUCAAACGCAGCAGGUUUCCAAAAAGGCCUGUAGCCCCCAAGAAGGAGGUGACCCUAUCUGAGAAUCCUGAACCCAAGGCCCCAACCAGGCAAGACUGGUGCCAACUUUCGAACAUCCUGGUGCAGCAGCCUCAAUACUGCAUGAAGGCUAAAGAGGCUGCACUCUUGUCAUGGAUUGAAAGGUUUGAAAGUUUUUUGGUGCCGGGAUCUUUGGGAUAUUGGGUUGCAAACAGGAUUCCUGAAUGCCUGGCUGUCGAUGAAGAAGACACCAUAGGAAUUCUAGCCGGCAUUGAAGACAUCAAAAUGCAAGGAGCUGUCAAGCCCAAAGAGGACUGUUGCCACAUCCUGCAAGCCAAUAUCACCAGUUACAGAUCUGAGAUCAGACAAUGGCUGGUGAGCAACCAGUGGCAUUUUGCGUGCCUUCAGGAGACCCACCAAGUGGAGUCGGCUACUGAUGCCAUGACCUCUUCCUUGAGGGCGGUUGCUUUAGAGCCAUGGGUCCUCCCUGCUGAACAGACCCCAGGUGGGUCUACUGGAGGUCUGGUCAGCAUGUCCCGUUCCAAUUACCAGACACGUUUCCUCCACAAGCACGGUGAACUUGGCAAAGGCUUUGUGUUCUCGGGUAUUCGUUUUCAUGGCUGGGAGUUGGCGAUUGGAAACUUAUACCUAGAAUCUGGAGUUGGACCAGGCGGUGGUGUUAACCCCAGCCUCCUGGCUGCCCUUGCCUUGUUCUUACAGGAACUGCGAAUCCCAUGGAUUGUUGUGGGGUUGCUGGCACCUUUGGAAGCCACCACUUCGCAAGGUUCUUCGAUUGACUUUGGAGUAGUUUGUGCUAAGCUGGCGGGCUGUGUGAGCGUUGUCACUGAGUGGAAUGUGCCUUUCAAGCCACAUGCAGCUCUCCUUUUCACAGUCCACAAGACUGGAGCCAGUUUGCCAGUCCCGCAACCCCCGAAGUUUGUUGAAGCCCCUGGUGAGAACCAGGGAGACAGUGGUGAGCAAGACACUAGCGAAGUUGUGGCCAUGUUUGAGCCCCCCAGCCAGCGUGAGCAGGAUGUGCAAUGGGGGCGGGUCAUGGCGAGACUCGAGGCAGACCUCCAAAUGAAUGGUAAAGGCAGAGGCUGGUGUUUUCCAGUCAAGCGUGAGCCGUUGGUGGAACCAACGGCGCCUGACAAAGCGUGGCAAGGAGGUAAAGUUGCUUACUGGGACAGGAUCCAGUUGUGGAUACAGCAGAGACAAGAAAGGCCCCUCAAGCCUUCGCAGGUACGAUUGUUCAUUCGACAAUUGCAACAUGUUCAGCAUAUGUGGGAACCGGAAGACCAGUCCAAGGCUGAAUUCCUGCGUACAGAGCUUGAGAAUUUUGUCAUUGGGCACCCAACCAACCUGACAUUGGUGCAAACUGUCAUCGCCAAUGCCAAGGAGGCUGCCCGAGAAUGGCGAAAUAGUCAACAGGAAGGCUACCAAUCCUGGCUGCAAGGAGCUGUGGAGGGUGGCAUGCGCGGCCUUUACAAGUCCCUCAAGAAGCCUGAAAAUAUUCAGGCUGACAACAGCCCGGAGGACCACAUCUUGUUUGAAGAACUCAGGCAUAAAGCUGCUGAAGAACUCCGACAGGUUGCCCUGGUGGCUGAAGCUUUUCGUACUUGGGAAGCAACUGGUGUCAUGCCAGAGGCUGCCACAAUGUACCCGAUGCAUGAUGAGCGGGCCAGACAAUACCAGUUGUCUGCGCCGUGGGACAGGGCUGUUAAAAACCACUCCUCGUUGGAGGUUGUCGAGCCCAUCUGGCAAGGUCCACCGCAGUGUCAUGUUGACCUUUACAUCGAUGACACGGGGUUUGACUUAGUGCACAGCGACCCCAAGCAGUGUGCAAAAAUGGCCUAUCAUGUGUGGCAGGAGGAUGGUGACCCAACCAUUCGAGAUAUCCACAGAGACUUGGGCAUCGACUCAGGUUCCACGGAAUAUGUCUUGGAGCAAGCCAAUACCAAACAUGAGGAUCCUGCAUUUGUCAUCAUCAACCAGCAUUUCAGGUUUUUUCACCAACUGCUGGUGAAAUGGAACCAGGGUCAUUUCGCUGAGGUUGAGGCUUCGUGGCGUUUCUGGUAUAAGCGCAUCAUGCACCACAAGGAACCGUGGAGGAUUGUGGUUGGUCCGAUUGGUGCUGCAAUUUGUUAUCUGAAAGCCUUGGGAUGGACGGCAGCCUCUCUCACCGUGUGGCGAGCAGGGGGAGAGGAAUUUCACAUAUUGGAUAGGGCCAGUCUGCACAAGCUUAGUUUCAACCUGAAGCAGGCUUGUGACAGGUGGAGAUGGAAGGCCCUGUCACAGAGUGAAGCCGGCAGCUCGUUAGAGGCAGGUGUUCAAUGGCAGGCCCCUGGGAAAGCUCGCAAGAAGCUCAAGGGCCUUAGAAACAAGGCUCUGGUGGUUGUCUGGCAAGGGGCUAUCAGACAUGGCUCUGGAGCCUGGUGUGCCAGAUGUGACCAGGAGGCUUCUUUGCAGCACGUUAUGUGGGAUUGCAGCUGGUGGAGAGACAACCAGCAAGCACUGCAGGAGUCUGGUUUUUUCCUGCAACCGCACUUCGAGGUAAUGACCUGGGGUGUGAUUGCCUUCAAAAUCCUGGGGGAUGAGAUCCAGGUUAUAGGCAGUGCAAGUGGACCUAUGGAGUGUGAGCAAACUGUGUUCCGCGCGGAGGCCCAAGCGCUUGUGUACCUGGUUGACAAAGUCCAGGGGCACAUCGAGGUCACCAUGGAUGCCAAAAGUGUUACAAAGGCUGUGCAGCGCAGACAAGGCUGGAAAUCUGAAGAUCUGCUCCAACCCUGA